CCCCCUAUUAACAUUUGAACGAAUUCCACGUAAAUUCCCGCCACAAGCUGACAAGUGUGCUGUGUAUCUAUAACAAUAAUUAACUAUUUAUUUACUAAUUACUAUUUGUCAUAAUAAAUUAAUAAUAAAUAAUUAAUCAAUAUCAUAAAAAAAUAAUUAAAAUCAUUAAACUAUUAGCCAAAAAAACCGCGCAGUAUUUAAAUGUUUUCUAACCUCAAAAAAUGAAUAAAUAAAGUGCCUUAAAAUAAAUAAUAAAUAAUUAAUAAUAAUAGAUAAUUAAUAGAUAAAUAAAAAAAAAUGGCGGCCAAUAAAAAAAAACCACGUAAAGCUAAUGGAUACAAAAUGCCAGAUCCAAUACGCGAGGGUGAAAUUCUUCAGGAUUUAAAUAAAAAUCAAUGGAUUCUUGGUAAAUCAAUAGGAACUGGUGGAUUUGGUGAAAUAUAUUCAGCGUCACCUUAUGGUAAGUCAUCAUCAAAGUCAUAUAAUUCAGUAAUUAAAAUAGAACCACAUGGUAAUGGUCCAUUAUUUGUUGAAAUGCAUUUUUAUAUGAGAAAUUCGAAGCCAGAUGACAUUGAAUCUUGGCGUAGUAAAAAAAAAUUAUCUCAUUUGGGUAUGCCAAAAUUUUUGGGAUCUGGUUCACAUGAAUAUCAGUCGCAGCGUUAUCGUUUUUUGGUAAUGGAACGUUAUGGUAAAGAUUUAUGGAAAUUAUUUAUUGAAAAUGGACGUAAAUUUUCAUUGCCAAUGGUAGUUAAUUAUUCAUUACAAAUAAUUGACGUCCUGGAGUAUAUUCACAGUCGUACGUACGUACACGCUGAUAUUAAGGGAGCAAAUUUAUUGAUGGACUUAAAAGAUGACUCACGAAUUUAUCUAGUCGAUUUUGGUCUUGCGUCUCAUUAUACGAGCAAAAAUUUUAAAAUUGAUCCUAAGAAAGCUCAUAAUGGAACUAUUGAGUACACAAGUCGUGAUGCUCAUGCUGGGGUUCCAACAAUGAGAGGAGAUUUUGAGAUCUUGUUGUAUAAUGUCAUUCAGUGGCUGUGUGGAAAGCUGCCGUGGGAAGGAAUUUUGAAAGAUUGCUCGGCAGUUCAGAGAGCGAAGGAAAAAGCUUUUGAGGAUAUUGAUACUUUCUUGGGUGAGAUGUUUAGUAAAGAGGUUCCGGGUUUCGUUAACGAUUUCAUGAAAUUCGUUGGGAAAUUAAAAUUUAAUGAGGCGCCGGAUUAUAAUAAGUGUAGAGAAAUUUUUGAGGCGGGAAAAAGUUUAAAAGGAAAGGCUAAUGGAGUUAAAGUCGAGAAGAAAAAGAAGAAGGAUACGGUUGAAGAAAUUAAGGAAGAAGUGGUAAAGAAAAGAGAAAGAGUCAGAACACCUAAACAAGAAAAAAAAGUCCAAGCGGAUACGCCAAGAAGAAAAAGUCCUAGAGUUAAACCUCAAGUGUCUUUGGAUGACAGCACUGUGGGGAUUGUUGUUGAUAGAAAAAGAGAGAAGCUUAAAGAUGUUAAGGCUAUGAUUGAAGCUAUGGAUGAUGAUUCUGAUACUGAAUAUGAUGUUAUGAUUACCAAAAAGAAGAAGGUUGAGAAAAAAGGCAGGAAGAUCAAGAAGUCGACGGAUUCUGGGGGUGAAUCAGAAGCUGAGGUCAUGCCAAAAGGUACCAAAUCCCGGCAAGCAAAAAUAUCUAAGAUGAGUCGUCAAGUAACCGCAGAUUCUGAUGAAGAUAUGUUUGAUUAAUUUUAAAUAAAAAUCUUGUUUUUUACAAUAAAAAAAAAAUUAAAUUUUUUCUAAACUUAUCCAAUAAUUUAUUUAAUACACUUAUAAAUAAAUUUUUUA